AUGACAACUCAACAAGAAUCGUUAAAAACAAACAUUACGAUAUCGUCUUUCAUCGUCAUAUUGAUACCAUUUCUUGCCAUAACACUCAUCACAAAACUACCAGAGAAGCCUGAAGCGCAGCUGGUGAAGGAUAGACAUUGUUACAAUACUUGCAAACUCCGGAUAGUAGAAACUAUUCCUGCAAAUAUCUCCUUCGGUGAGGACACUGUAUUUCCAUUAUCCACAUUUCGUGCCUGGAAGUCAUUAAUUCAAAAUGCACAAGAAGAGUUAUACGUGGCUGCCUAUAAAUCUAGUUUGCAAGGAAAACAUGUACUUGGUGAUUCCGCAAAGUACUAUUCGGUCGAGGGAGAUACCAUCUACAACACACUCAUGUCGGUCGGAAAGUCUCGAAAAGUGAACGUGCGAAUGGUCGAGAACUAUCCACCAAAAGACAAGGGUGACAACGCCGAUGGAGUUAUUCUUGAGAACUUUGGAGCAGUCACCCGCAAAUCCAUUGACAUUUCGGAGUACAUGGGACGUGGAAAAAUGCACUCCAAGUUCUUAGUCGCUGAUCGCAAAUCUUUCUAUCUCGGAUCAGCGAAUCUUGACUGGAGGAGUUUAAACCAAAAAAUGGAACUAGGUGUUUUAGUAGAAGAUUGCGAGUGCCUUGGAGAAGACAUGCAUAACAUAUUUCAUGUUUUGUGGGAUUUGAAAAAUAAAGGAAUUGAUGGUAAUGGUGCAUUGAAGGUAAAGGCUGCAUAUAACAAAGAGAGCCCGUUGGAGAUGCAAGUACAGGGAGCAAAAGCUCAGGUUUAUAUUGCGACCUCUCCAAAGGAACUUAAUAACCCACGCCGUACCUGGGAUCUCGACGCCAUCGUUUUCGAAAUUGACGCUGCAAAGAAGUUUAUUGAUAUCCAUGUGAUGGACUACUUCCCACUGUUCAUCUACCGCAACCCACGUGUCCAUUUUGCAAACAUUGACGACGCUAUCCGACGAGCUGUAGUUAGAGGUGUUAAGAUUCGAUUUUUGGCGGCAGCGCUACACUAUCCAGAUAUUGGAACACGAUUUUUAAAAUCGUUAGAGUCAUUGAAUGGGUUUCAUGCUAACGGGACAAUGGAAGUAAAAAUAUUCAAAGUACCACGCACAAAUAUUGAAAGUAUAGUAAUCAACCGCGAGCGGCGGACUCAUAACAAGUUUAUGGUCACUGAAUCGGCUGGAAUAAUUGGUACUUCUAAUUGGUCGGGUGAUUAUUUUAUGGGCGGUACCACUGGAGCUGCUAUUGUGAUACGGCAAACGGGAGAAAAGAGACCUUUCGUGGAUGAGUUGCAGGACAUCUUCAUACGUGAUUGGGAAAGUGACUAUGCGCAUCCAUUGGACGACUACUUCGAGAAAUGCGUCACCAGUAAUACCGGAGAUUUUUGUGAAGGAAAAAAGGACCCUCGUCUUUUUGCCACACCGACAAGUGCAAACGCUGAAUAA